AAUUAGAAUUAAACAAACAUAUUUCCCUAUUAAGGCUUGUAAACUACUUUAGUUUCUUACUUUUUCCUCUUUGACAAAUUAAGAUGACUGACUUGACAAGUUUUGUUCUUGUCCUUCUUUGCACGCAUCUUCUUAAUUUGAUCAAUUAUUUUGUAGCCCUUCUUUGUGCGUAUCUUGUUUCCAAGCUAGUUCAAUUUUCAUUCAUCGAGAAGUCAAAAUCGAAAAUCAAUCGACUUCCUCCUGGUCCAAAACAAUGGCCUAUUGUAGGCAACCUUUUUCAGUUGGGGCACUUACCUCACCGUGACAUGGCGUCUUUCUGUGAGAAGUAUGGGCCAUUGGUCUACCUCCGACUAGGUAAUGUUGAUGCUAUCACCACCAAUGAUCCCGAAAUCAUAAGGGAAAUACUUGUACAACAAGAUGAUGUUUUUGCAUCUAGACCAAGAACACUUGCUGCCGUUCAUCUAGCUUAUGGUUGUGGGGAUGUGGCAUUGGCUCCAUUAGGACCGAAAUGGAAAAGAAUGAGAAGAAUUUGUAUGGAACAUUUGUUGACAACUAAAAGGCUUGAAUCAUUUGCAAAACAUAGGGCUGAUGAAGCCCAAAGUCUAGUUAAAGAUGUUUGGGCCAAGGCCCAAAAAGGACAUAUAGUGAACUUAAGGGAAAUUUUGGGUGCAUUUUCAAUGAACAAUGUGACUAGGAUGUUGUUAGGAAAACAGUAUUUUGGGCUUGAAUCAGCAGGCCCACAAGAAGCAAUGGAAUUUAUGCAUGUAACACAUGAGUUAUUUUGGCUACUUGGAGUGAUUUAUUUAGGUGAUUAUUUACCUUUGUGGAGGUGGAUUGAUCCUUAUGGUUGUGAGAAGAAAAUGAGGGAUGUGGAGAAAAGGAUUGAUGAUUUUCACAUGAGAAUAAUUGAAGAACAUAGAAAGAAGAGAGGUAAACAUAAUAAUAUAGAUGAUGAUGACGGUGAAAUGGACUUUGUGGAUGUUUUAUUGUCUCUUCCAGGAGAAGGUGAAGGAGAUGGGAAUGGAAAACAACACAUGGAUGAUGUAGAGAUUAAAGCUCUCAUUCAGGAUAUGAUAGCUGCAGCCACGGACACUUCUGCCGUGACCAACGAAUGGGCAAUGGCUGAGGUGAUCAAGCAUCCACAUGUCCUCAAGAAGAUCCAAGAAGAACUCGAUAUAGUUGUCGGGUCGAGUCGUAUGGUAACCGAAUCUGACUUGAUUCAUCUCAAGUACCUCCGUUGUGUAGUACGCGAAACGUUCCGAAUGCACCCUGCAGGUCCAUUUCUAAUCCCACACGAGUCAACGCGUGAUACUCAUAUCAAUGGUUAUUACAUCCCGGCCAAGACACGCGUGUUCAUCAACACGCACGGUCUUGGCCGGAACACAAAGAUUUGGGACAAUAUAGAUGAGUUUAGGCCAGAGAGACAUAUGCCACAAAAUGAUGAUAAUGAAAAAAAUAUCAUUACUAGAGUUGAGAUAAGUCAUGGGCCUGAUUUCAAGAUUUUGCCAUUUAGUGCUGGGAAAAGGAAGUGUCCUGGUGCACCAUUGGGUGUGAAAUUGGUGCUUAUGGCAUUGGCUAGGUUGUUUCACUGCUAUGAUUGGAGUCCACCACAUGGAGUAAGGCCUGAGGAUAUUGACACAAAUGAGGUUUAUGGAAUGACUAUGCCUAAAGCUAAGCCCUUGAUGGCUGUUGCUAAGCCUAGACUGCCUCCUCACUUAUACCAAUAAUUAAUUACCAGUCAAUCAAAUGAAUCAUUUUCCAUAUACAUAAAUUAAAUUGAAAGUGUGUUAUUUUAAUAAAUAAAGGGUUAAUAUCACUUUUGGUCGGUCGGUUAUUGGUUAACUCUAGUUUUAGCGUUACAAGUCUUGACUACUCAUUUGUCUGCACUUAAAAGGGGGUCAGAAUCUAAAUCAUUCAGAUCCGCCCAUUAAGUGCAUUUGGUUUUUCACUUUUACAACAUAUUAAUGGGUCUGAAUAGGUAUAAUGAAUGAAUCAGGUCUGAAAUCUUAAAAAUACAUGCCUUUUUUUCUCUCUCUCCCAAUCACGUCAUAUUUUCUUUCAAAAAAAAAAAAAAAAAACAAUUUCACCCAUCUCUCUCCAAUUAUCAACUGGCCAGCCAAAAAAAUUCCUCGUAAGAUUUCAAAAUCUUUGUUUGAAUUUAUAUAUCGUCAUUCCAUUUUUGAAUGUUAAUCUUUCGGUUUGAGGUUGGGGUUUUAAAGGACCCAGUUUCAAAUAUAAUAAUUUAAGAAGAGCAGUUGCUAAACUAGAAGGAUGCAUUGAUAAAAAUCGCGGAUUUGAAUGGAAUAGGUAAAUUGCAGUAGAAUAAUGAAGAAUUGCAUUAACAAAUUCUGUUGAAAGUAUUAUAUUAUUAUUAUGUUAUUAUUUGUUGUGUGUUUACUCAAAUUUGGUCAAAUCACUUACAGAUACCUACACAUCUUUCAAAAUAUCAUUGACAGUAAAAACAAGAGAAAUUUUACCCGUAGCUUCAUUCCCUUUUCUUGUUUUACUUGUGUUCUCCGUUGAGACGUGAAUUCAGAAUUUCAAGAGGAUGAGUUCACCUUCGAAUUAAAAAAAAAAAAAAAGAUGCAAAAGUGUAUUUAGUAGGGUUCAAUCCCACAACCUUAAGGGACUAAAUAAACUAAGCACUUAACCAGUGCUCCACUUGAUUUAGUUUGAUCAUGGAUUCCUUCAGUUAAUAUUAGAUAUAUUUUAAGGAUUAUAUACAUAAUAUACUGAGUUUAGUCCGAUGACCAUGGGUUCACGUGACCCAUUUUUUAUACAUAGAUUAGCCCCUGUCUGUUCUAUAGUGUUCCAAAGACUUCACUUGUGAAAAUAUACUAGGUUGUUGUUGUCGUCGUCAUCUCUGUUUUAUAGUGUUC